AUGACAUUUAUCAAGUUGGAGGAGCUUAGCGCUAGACUGAGACUAAACUACGAUACCUAUGUUAUAAAGCACCAGUUGGAUAAACUUAUAAAACCGAUUGAGGAAUAUAAACACAAUGUAAGUCGGUUGUUUGAGAUUCCAAACUUAUGCAUUAAGGAACGUAAAAGAGUCACUGAUGAGUUGAUUAGCAAAUUGAGAGAGCUACGUACCACGGAAAUUUGCACAAACACUCGCUCUAUUUGGCAAGUCUUGCAACAUCGAUUUCCGAUCCAAUUGAGUACAGUUGUUUGCAAUGACAGACAGCUAUUUGAACUAACCACAUACUUUAUCAGGACAUUCAUGGUUUAUGCCAACACCAACGAUUGUCGGGAAGUCAUCCCCAUCGUCGCCACUAUCUUAUCAAAUCAUCUAAACACAUUAACCAUUCACAAUCAAUUGGCUCCAUACCAACUCCCUUACACUAACAGACUCGUGAGUGAUGUCUUGAAAAUUUGUGAGACAAAUAUUGACAUAAUCGCUAUUUGGUUAAGCGAGUCGACCUCAUCUUCCAUCAACGAAGAAAUACGUCGUCAUCUGGUUAAUUUUCUUCCAAUCCAGCAGAUUAUCGAAAAUUUUCUUAUGCAUGAGUUGAAAACAUUCAAAACUGCAAACUGGGAAAAUUUCGUCAGACUAAGUCGCCGUUCACGUCAAUUGAAUGAAUACUUGUGUUCACAGCCAAUUAGUGUGUUUGAUACCAUGACAAACUUGUACUUUUUCCCACCCCAAGAAGACCAGUUGUUGCACAUAUCCGUUCAUGAGCCAGUUUUGAGUGCAGUGAUCAAAGUUAUAGAGGGAGCAAGUCCUGAAUUGGGAUUACGGUACUUUGCAACAUUCUUCAACACAUUUAAAAAGCUGUCGAAAGCGCCAGGAUAUAAUGACGACACGAUGCUAUUCAUUUUGCAAACACUGUUGAGCUUGGGUGCGACCACUACCUUGAGCAAACUUUUUGGUAAUUUCUUUUUCCAAUUGUACUUGAAUGAUAAGCUUCAAGAGAGUCGAGUGUCGGAAAAGUUUCUUUGCAUCUUGGCUGAUAUAUUGCAUAGACAAGACACGAGCAUUUUAAAGUUGCUCAGCACUAAAGAUGCCAACGACAUGCAAUUCUCAGGACACAACUCCACCGUUCUCGACAACAUUCGAAUCAAAGUCAUGGAUAUUCACAAUGGCCAGGUUGAAUCAGUUUCGGAAAGGUUCACUGAAUUAAUAUUAGAGUAUUCUGCAUCACUUGAAUGUUAUAAACUUGAUGUCCAGGGUGCGCUAAUCUCUCAAGUGGUGCAACUAUUGUUGCAAUAUUUCCAAAACACACCUUCACUUGACGCAUCAUUGAACAAAUUUUCACUCAUGUUGUUUCUCAAGUUCAAUAUGCUUAGUAGUGCCACUUUUGUUGAAGUCAUCCAUUAUCUUAUCAUAUCAUAUGAGGUAUACCAACUACAUUUGAGAAUGUACGAGUUAUAUCAAUACGACCCGGUUGAGUUACUGAGAAUUUUGUCGCAACAUGUGACUCCUCCUAGUUGCAAAAUCUUGGCCCAUUAUGGCAUUGGAUUUGAAGCCCAAUGUAUCAAUUACGUAACUUUGCCAACGCAAUUAGAUUUGUGUCAACAGUUGAUCACUGAUUUCUAUAUUAGCUGCAAGUUGAAGAAAAAAAAAACCCAACCUUGUCAAAGGUUCCAUAAUCGCAUCGAGUAG